AUGUCUGAUUGUAGAAAACGUUCAUUUACUAAUAAUAAUGUAUGUGGACAAUAUGAUAUGUUACCAUCUGAAAAAGAAAAUGGUUUUAGAAUGUAUUUUAAUCAUAAAAAUCAUAUAAAUUUAGAAUCAGCUAUCAAUUUAAAAUGUGUUAUUAAUAGAGGUGGUCAAUUAAUAUAUGAAUUAGAGUUCCCUGAUACUGAAUAUACAUAUUGGACAAGUGAAGACGAUUUUAAGGAAAUUAAUAUGACAAUUGAAGAAUUAAUCCCACGUUAUAAGAAUAAAAAAAAACAUACUUUGUCAUAUAUUAUAAAAGACAAUAAUUAUAAGAAGUAUGCUUUUAGAAAUUUUUAUGUUUCUUUAUUAACAAAUAUUCAUAAAUCAAAAAAAGAUAUGAUGCUUGAUACAUUACCAAGAUUAGAUGAAUAUGAAUAUACAUCAAAAAAUGUUUAUAAGUGUAUUGUUGAUCGCAAUUUAGAUAGUCUUAAUAAAUGUGAAUGUGAGAAAAAAAUGUUUAAUGAAGUACUUAAAGAUAAAUUUCCAAAUAUAUAUAAUUGUUCUGAUGAUUGUUCACUAUUUAAAAAUAAAACUGAAUGUAUCAAUAAUCAUCCACCAUAUUCUCUUUGUGAAAAUAUGUUUUUUUCAAUGAGAAAAUAUCCAAAUAUGUAUAUUUUUCAAACUGAAGAUAAAGGUUUUGGAGUAAAAUCUAAAGGUUAUAUUCAUAGUGGUAAUUUUAUUGUUGAUUAUUGUGGAGAAGUAUUUGACAAUAAAACAGUUAAAAAAAUGUUAUCUAAUAAUGAAAAUAAAAAAAAGAUGGGAACAUAUUUUCAAAAAUUAUCUGAUAACAAUGUUAUCUCUUGUUAUAAAAUGGGUAAUAUCUCAAGAUUUAUUAAUCAUUCUUGUGAACCUAAUGCAAAAAUUGAAAGAUGGAUCUCUGGUACUCAAUAUUUUUUAGGAAUCUUUGCUUUGGUAGAAAUUAAUAAUAAUGAAGAAAUUACAAUUAAUUAUGAAUAUGAAAGAUAUAAUACUAUUGGAGAAAGAUGUUUGUGUGGUAAGGUUACUUGUAGUGGAAAUAUUGGAUAUUUUUCACCUGAAAGUUUACCUAACAUUGAUAAAACACAAAAUCCAGAAAGAUUAAUUGAUAUAGUAAAAAGAAAAAUUUCUACUAUUACUAAUUCUCAUAAAAUUAUUAGUGAACUUCCUUUACCAGAAGUUUCUAAAGAAACAAUUCAUAAUGAACUUUGUAUCAUUUCUUCAAAACCAGUUGAUUAA